UUUAUGUGAAAAAAGAUGUUAAAGACACCCAAUUGCAGAGGCUAUGCGCCCAAAACAUUCUCUCCUUCUUCACCGCUCAUUUCUAAUCCUAGAUUCCUUUCUAAAAACGCUCGCUCCGUCAACGUCAAGCACAUUUCGCCGCCAGCUCCGACUCUACUCCGUCUCUCGUCGUCUCUCUCCGUUGCAAUAAUGGAGAGCUGUGAAGGUCCAAGCAUAUUUCCAUUGCAUCAUUGCAAAAUCAUUCACCUGGUGAGGCAUGCCCAGGGCAUUCAUAAUGUAGAAGGAGAUAAGAAUUAUAAAGCAUACAUGUCUCCCAAGUACUUUGAUGCAAAUGUUACUCCACUCGGUUGGCAACAGGUUGACAACUUACGGAGACAUGUUCAUUCCAGUGGGUUAUUUAAGCGGAUUGAGUUGGUUGUCACAUCUCCUUUGCUAAGGACAAUGCAAACAGCUGUUGGAGUAUUUGGCGGUGGGGGAUACACCGAUAGGAUGGAUAUACUACCACUAAUGGUGGCAAAUGCAGGAAAUAGUGAUCGAGCUGCUAUUUCAAGUCUAAACUGUCCACCUAUCGUUGCACUAGAACUUUGUAGGGAACAUUUGGGUGUGCAUCCUUGUGACAAGAGAAGGAGCGUCAGUGAAUAUCAAUUCCUUUUCCCUGCUGUUGAUUUUUCAUUGAUAGAGAGCGAUGAGGAUACCCUAUGGAAGUCUGAUGUUAGGGAGACCAAGGAAGAGGUUGCAGCUAGGGGCCUGGAAUUGAUGAAGUGGUUGUUGACGCGGAAAGAGACGGAAAUAGCUGUAAUCACACAUAGAGGAUUCUUAAAUCAUGCACUGAAAGCAUUUGGCAGUGAUUGUCACCCUAUGGUGAGAAAGGAAAUCUGUAAACCAUUUGCAAAUUGUGAACUCCGAUCCAUGAUGAUUGUUGACAGAAGAAUGAUAGGGUCAGACAUCUCAACUACCAAUUACCCAGGAAAUAUACCUAUUGAACUAGAUCCAUCUAGUGAGGAUGUGGUCGAGAGAAGCAUGGAGAAAGAGAAUGGCAACUCCUCUAAAUGAAGGAGAAUUUCAAGCCAUGCAACAAUGAAUUCUUUCCACUAACCUUCCAGAAAGGUUGGGGGCAAUUGAAAUGCGUCUUUGAUGACGGUGCGAAGACGAAUUUGGGUUUUCUAUUCCUUCGAGGCUGGUAAGUUUGUUUUCUAAUUUCCAUUUACCGAGUACCUUGAAAAUUAAUGUAAAUUGUAAGUGCAAUAUCAACUCCAUAUAUAAUCACUACUUAAGCUUAUUAGGAAACAUGUAGUACUUUUAAUGAAUCUUUUGGUGGAUAUUUAUGUGAAAUACAAUGAAUUUAUAUAAA